AUGUUCCCACGUCGCCAAAGGCGGAGACUUCUACCUCGUCCUUCACCGUCUCUCACUCGCCCUCCUAUCAUCUCCGUUCCUCACCCGGCUCGUGAAUUUAUCCUCCACUCCGUUGAAUCUACUCCGUCCAUCUUAUCUGCUGUUCCUACACGAGCUUUCUUAGGUUCUACCGGAUCUUUAGUCAGCGCUAUCUUUCGUCUGCCCUCGCCGCCUGUGAAACUGCGCCCCGAUGGACCUCCCCCUCCCCUCCUCUCGAAGAGAUCUACGGUCCGGCAUCCUCGUUUCAUAAUCCACAUGAUGCUUCUAGCCCACUGGCCUCUACAUCGUCCACAGUAUGAGAUCGUCACAUCCGCAAGGAUUGUCAACGUCCAAUUCAGCGAGCAUCCAUAUCUAAAGCCUUCAGUGUCUGCUCCGACUCCUGCUAUGGCUCAUGAAUCUUCGGACGUUUCUGUCCCUGCUGCGAUCGUCGAAGGAAAGUCUCAUGCACAGUCACAAUGUUUAUCGUCUCCCCCUGUUGUGUCAGCAUCCGGUAAAGUGAAUGAAGUCGAAUCCAGUGGACAUGUCCAUCGUUCGCUGCCUCAGGUGCCUUCUCCGGCCACGAUCGAUAAAGGCCUUUGCGAUGAGGUUGCUCAACCUUCGUCAGCCGUCGAAAUUGAGACUACGGAGGAGGUCCAUGAUUCGCCCAUUCUCGCUCCCGCCGACGACACUGUUGCUAUACCUUCUUCUAUUUUCCCAGUCGAGGCGCGGAAACAGCCGGAUCAUCCCGCUCUCACAUCCGAAGGUGUCGCCUCGCAAGUUGAAAGGAAGGAACCCACAGCACUUGCAGUCAUUGUGUCUGGGCCUCCUGAACAGCUGCACCGUUCUCCCAUACCUGCCUCCGUUCCCGAAGUUGCUAAAGGUGCCCCUUUUGACUGGUAUGCUCUGCUUGCCGCACCUGAAGAGCCCAAGUGCCAGAAACGUGCACGCGUCCGUUCACCUCGUAUUCCCGCGGAUGCAUCCUGGCGAACCCUGUGGCAUUUGGCCUCCGAUCUUAGGCCCACGAAGCGGGCACGCUGUCGCUCUCCAUCUCAACCCAUUCAGAUUAUCGCUACCGCUCCGCAAGAUGCUUCCGACUCGAUUAAGAGCAAGGCUCCAGAUCUUUCACGCGUCUCUCCUCUACCUGUCCUCAUGGAGGAAGAAACCAUUGCACCAGAGGACGAUAUCGCUUCUCGUCAGCAAGCGGCCAUCCACAAAUCUGUGAAUGGUCUGUCAGCAAUUGAGAUUGAAUACGAUGAGGAGUUAAUAGACUACGGAUUCCAAUCGGAAGCGGAUGGCAUCGAGGGUCGUGCAGAGAUCGCUUACGAGCAUGGUACUAGGAAGAUGCCUAUCAAUCACAUUGAAGGAGAGUUUGACUAUCAAGACGAAGAGUCAGCAUCGCCUUCAGGCCAGGAGCGCUCCCGUCCGCCGUCAAUGUCGCCUGGACGCUUCCGUUCAGUGUCGCUGCUGCGGACACCAUCACCUCCGCGAGGCUCCUCAUCUGCUUGCGCAGGGCAAUUGUCUAAGAACCAUUGCGACUACCGUCCGCCAUCUUUACCGGCCAUGCCUCCGCCUCUUGAUAUUGUCUCGCUGACAGGUUCAUCACGUCGCUCACCUGUCGGCCUCUCUCCACGCGAACAUCCACUCCCAUCUGGUCCACUCUCACAGCUGUGCCGUUCUGAACGAUUGCGCAUUCGGUCUCAGUCGCCACAAGUGAUGCCGUUCCGCGCGAAGCGUAAUGUCGACCUCCCACAGACCCUUCCUCCGUUGCCCUUGCCGACUUUCUCCAGCCCACGCGCUCGGAACCCUGCUCACCCGUCUGCACCGAGCAGUCCCCCCCAGUCUCGCCCUCCCCACAUUUAUCAUCCGUCACGUCGAACUCGUCUGCUGACGCCCGAACGUCCCGCAUCUCCGGUAACUGAGUCAGGCUAUGCAUCGACUCCACCUCCUCCUCGGAGAGUUUUCCAGGACGAUUUGGCCGAACAAACGUUUCCAUUCAACUUGCCCAUUAAGUACGAGUAUCCUGUGGUUCAACCACUGCAUCCAGAAGACCGAGACUGGCUUGGAUUGAUGUUUGAACAAUUGGAUUGGGCAGAAGAUCACGGUAAUCGCAUUAUUAUAGACGCUCGCGAAGCAGGAGAACGCGCGAUCCUUCAGGCCAUCGUAGCAAAAGUUCUGCUCUCUAUCGCUGAAGCAAGGCUAUGGGAGUUAGGACAGGGCAUCUGUCACCUUGUUGGAGCUGCUUUCAUCGACUACCUUGCCGCAAAAAUUGUCAGUGAAGACCCUCAGAUCAGAUGCGAUGUUGACGAGGAGCUUGAGCUGGACUUGCUCGAUCUGUUGCGUUGGGACCUUCAUGUCAGGCAGUGGGAUGAGUAUCAUCAGUGCUUCCGGCCCUAUCAACACAUCCCUGUCGAACUCUUAUACCCGAAGAAAUCACAGGCAGCCGCAGCAGUCAUACGGGACGGUGGAGGUUACACACUUGUUCCCAUCCUACGAGAAUUCUACGAAAGUCGGGAGAAGAGCCUACGUGAAGGUGUAGCGAAAGCACGAGACUUUAUUCAAGCAGAGAGGGAGGCUGAUGCUCACGCCGAACUAGAAGCAAAGGUGCGCGAUGGCACGGCCCUAGCACCUUUGUACCGACGGGCACGUAUUCAACUUGGCCUGCACCAAAUUGGGGCAAAUGUGCAUACUGGAAAGAUCGACGUCCCAAACGCAAAUCUGGAGUCCAUACGAAUGCUCAAGAAGCUGAGCAAUCUUCCCAAGUCGUUUGUGAUGAAUCUACCGCGCAUCCUCCUAAGGAUGUUCAUCCAAUGCCUACGCCUUUCAGUCAGAACGACGCUCGUCUUGCUCCUCGGCAUCUCAGUUUAA